AUGUCCGGCAUCAGACGUGCCUUGUCGAAGAUCCGCCACAAAGGCGAAGGCGGGGAUACAGACUCCAGCAACAACCACGUCAGUGGCACCACCAGCCCAAUCUCCCCACGCCGCUCCUUGGUCAACUUCCUGCGCGACCGCGACGACAUCUCCUCGUCCGAUGAUCAGUCCGACACGGAUUCCUCUGCGCCCCUGAGCAAAAACCAGCAGAAGCGCAUCGCCCGCCAGCAGCGGCGAGGCGCCAAGAGCCGUCUCAGCGAGGAGCAGAGGAACGACUCGGAACAGCGUCGUCUCGACAAGGAGUCCGAACAUGCCCGCACCGAAACCCCCGAGAUGGCCGCCCGCUACGGGGACCUGCCUCUCGUCCAAAGCCAAGAACGAUCUCGUGAACCGCGCAUUCGUCUGGAUGAGAUCUCGACCGAGCUGAUCGGCAAGGAGGUGUCCUUCACCGCGCGCCUCCACAUCGUUCGCAACAUGAGUGCGAAACUGGUGUUCCUGGUCUUCCGCCAACAACUCACUACCUUUCAGGGCGUCCUCCAUACAGAGGAUGGCAAGAUAUCGAGGGGGAUGGUUUCCUGGGCAGAGCACUUGCGGACCGGUACCAUUGUUCGCGUUCGUGGUAUCAUGCAAACACCUGCGGUGCCCGUGCUUGGAUGCACCUUCCACGACGUGGAGCUUGCCAUCCAACAGCUCCAUGUAGUCGUGCGUCGUGAAGAAGCCGUCCCGUUCUCCGUCUACGAAGCCGAAGUUCGCACCGAAGAGGAAGACCGCGUGGAGGGUCGCUAUAGUCAUAUCCCGGACCGCACCCGUCUGUCGAACCGUAUCCUGGACCUUCGUACCGGCACCGCCCAGGCCAUCUUCCGCCUCCAGUCAGCUGUCGGCAAUCUGUUCCGCGCUGCUCUUGAUGAGCGACGCUUCAUUGAAAUCCACAGUCCCAAGCUUCAAGGCGCCGCCACCGAGUCCGGUGCUAGUGUUUUCGAAUUGAACUAUUUCGGACGCCCUGCCUUCCUCGCGCAGAGUCCUCAAUUGGCCAAGCAAAUGGCAAUUGCCUCGGAUUUUGAGCGUGUGUAUGAGAUUGGUGCUGUGUUCCGCGCCGAGAAUUCUAACACCCAUCGCCAUUUGACCGAGUAUACUGGAUUGGACAUUGAAAUGGCCAUUGAAGAGCAUUACCACGAAAUGCAAGAGACCAUUGAUGCUGUCCUCAAGCAUAUCAUCAAGGGACUGUACAGCAAAUACCGCCGCGAGAUCGAGACUGUGAAACACCAAUUUCCCUCGGAGGAUAUUGUGCUUCUCGACCAGACUCCCGUCAUCCCCUUUAAAGAGGCAGUACAGCUGCUCAACGAUUCCGGUUGGAGAAAUGAGGAUGGGGAGCUGGUUGCCGAUGACGAGGAUUUGCACACUCGCGAUGAAAUCCGACUGGGUGAGCUGAUCAAAGAAAAGUACGGCGCGGACUACUACAUCAUCGACAAAUUCCCCCUCUCCGCUCGCCCAUUCUACACCAUGCCCGACCCUAUCGAUCCUCAGUACACCAACUCGUUCGACAUUUUCGUCCGUGGCCAAGAGAUUGUCUCUGGUGGUCAGCGUAUCCACGACCCCACCAUGUUGGAAGAAAACAUGAAAAAGGCCGGCAUCGAUCCCGCUUCAAUGGCCGAAUACCUCGAAGGAUUCAAGUGGGGAGCACCACCCCAUGCCGGUGCCGGUGUUGGAUUGGAGCGUUUCCUCAUGCUUGUCCUCAAGCUUGGCAACAUUCGCUUGGCGUCCAUGUUCCACCGCGACCCCAAGAGCUUCCCGGCCAAGCCUGAAGUCAUUCAACUUCGUCAUCCAGAUGCAUCUACCCUUACGCCCAUAUGGCAAAAGGAAAACCCCGGCCACAAGGCCACUGAAGACGAAAUGCAGCGUCUGGAAGAGCUCAUUGCCAACUACGGUGAUGCCACGUCUACCUCAUGGAUGGAUGACCGCUACCUAAUCUGGCGUGAGCCGACCACCGGUGCUGCUAUCUCCUACAUCCCCAGCUACAAUCAUGCCAUCAUCCCCGGCGACCCUCUUUGCGACCCCAGCCAAUACGAGCGUGUCAUUACUUCCUUCCUCCACUGGCUCAAGCGUGAAACCAAGCUCAAACCCAUUUGGCUUCUCAUUUCACCCGCGGUUGAGGAACUGCUGGGCGAGAAGCUCGGAUGGCGGAGCUUGUCCUGCAUUGCCGAAGAGGUUAUAGACCCAAGUCGUAACAUGAUGGCAUCUGACACCGAAGUCGCCCGCAAAAUCCGCCAUGCCCAAAAUGAAGGCAUCAAGAUUGUCUCCACGCCUCUGGGUGAACUCCCGCCUCAGGCAAUUCGGGAUAAGAUUGACCAGCGGAUCAAAGACUGGCUGGCCAACCGCAAGGGCACACAGAUCCAUCUGUCUGAAAUCGUCCCGUGGCGCGACCACGAACACCGCUGGUACUUCUACGCUCAAGACAAGGAAGGCAACAUCGCUUCCUUCGUCGCAUUGGCCAUGCUUGCCCCUCAGCGCGGCAUGCAAGUGAAAUACACCCUCGACUUCCCCGGCGCCCCAGGCGGCACGAUUGAGCACAUUGUCACAACUGCCAUCCAGACCGCUGCGAAGUCGGGUGUCAAGUCCCUGACGUUUGGAGCUGGGGCCACGGCGCGUCUAACACCGGGCCACCACAUGAAGGGAGCCAAGGUGCGCAUGUUACAGCACACGUACGAGGCUGUGGCGAAACAGUUCCACUUGACACGAAAGAGCGAGUUCCGCAUCAAGCUUGGCGCGCAUGAAGAGCCCUUGUACAUUGCCUAUCCUCCUCAUGGACUGGGCUCGCGAGGAAUCCGCGCGAUCAUGAAUUUCUUUGAAGACUAG